AUGAUAUGCGCCGGGCUCGCAUCCGCCACCGAAGACGAACCCGCCAACGCAAACCACAUCUUUAACGCCAUUCAAUCAACACUACGACACUAUGAAACAGCCCUCAAUCCCUACGGCAUGUCCUUCCACCUCGCGACAGCCCCAAAAGGCACCCGCUUCUACCACGGAACAGGCUCUUCAGAACCUAUCACCGGAGUCGAAUGGCUAGCCUUCAAACCACAACACUCACUCGGCUUCGCCCACCGCAGCGGUCACAAGGGGAAGAGAUCAGACAUUCAGCAGCCGCUCAACAAUCCCUCAAACACCGGCGUCGACUCUAAAGCUCAAGCUGGAUACUUGCACACUUAUGCCGCGGCCAAGGAUCUCCGCCUCCUGUAUAUAGACGGCAUGUCCGCAGGGCCAGGCGGGGCGCUCGAAUCCCAGGAUCGAAUCCUGUUCAACGACACAAUUCAUUCUCCACCCCCUGGUCCUCGUCCACCUGUUGGUGGGCCGCCCGCCGAGAAGGAACGUGCAUUCCAGACAUGUCGGAUGGCGAAAGAGGUAUGGGGGGAUCGGAUUGAUGGGGUUGUGCGCACGGAGGGAGACUUCGAGAUUCUUCUCUGUUCGUUCGAGCGGGAUAUGGAGGUUGUGAGGAUCACUCAGACAAAGCCACAGGAGGGGCGACGGACUGGGCCUCGGGGGACUGGGCCUGGUUCUCGUUCUGGGAGUCCGAAGAAGCUGAAUGGGCCUGGUAGGGGUCGUGGCCCUGGCUCUCGUGGGCCUCGUGGCCCGGUCAGGGGUGAUUGCUGCUCUGUUGCUGCUAAGUAUGAUCAGUCAUUGGGACGCAAGGUUCACUUGGAUUUCGAUCAUUUUGUUUCGGCUUUUGCGUACGGCUUGGAUCUGUUUCCUGACGACUCUGGCCGUCCUGUCUUGAGUCAUAUCCCAACCGAGCUGCUGGAGCCUGUGAGACGGGAUAUCAAUUCCAUGAUUGAAACCAGGGAACCAUCGUUAGGUUCUUUUGACUGGCAGCUCGUUGCUGAUAUGAUUGUUUACCGGUACUCGGAGGAGUUGCAGAUUCUUGCCGCUGGUGACUUCACUUCCGUCGAUGCAAUUCGUGAAAGAAUCGAGGCGAUUCUGGAGCCUUUCAUUGAUUAUAGGGAGUCUGGCGCGAGGAAUGAUGUCGUUGAACUCUGUCAGAAUGAAUUCAUUCCGGCCUCUGCGCCCACCGAGUCGGUUGGCGGACGUGUCAUUGCUUCAAUUUCGAGGACCGUCUGCUCCACUUUAGUGUCGGGACUGCUUGAUGAAAAGGAUCUCAAUAACACGGUGGAGACCUUCAAGCAGUUGUCUGAGUAUCUGAACUGGACUACAUGGAAGGCCAAAUAA